GUUCAAGCCGCGUAAGACUUUGGUUCGCUUAGGAAGCGUAGUCUCGGCAUUCAAUUCGAUUUUACUUGGUUCAAAAUAAAUACUUGGUGGCUACAUGAAAUUUCUCAACGCACACAUACACACUUAUGUAGUAUAUAUUGUAUAUAUGUGUGUUGUGGCACAAUAGACCGGUAGGACGUGGCGUAUACGUAAUAAAAUGAAAACAUCAUCGAAUAGUGUUAGAAAAAACAAAGCAACAUAAAAUAGAGGAGGGAAAAAAACCAGCUAAGAAAAACAAAAUUGCGCGGCCAACGCCAGUGGCUUAAAGGCAAAAGCAAGAACAAAACCAAAAUAAACGAAUGUGGCUAUUGUGUACGUGUUAUUGUGUUAGAGCCGGAUUUAAUUGGCAAUGAAAUGGUAAAAUAACAAAAGGCAACCAUUACAGCUUGUUUGUGCAGGCGUGCGUUCCUCAAAUUAUCUGACUGUGCGCCAAGUUUUUUUUUUUUGCCAUAAAACACAUGUAAACGUCAAUUCUUUGCUUGUGAUAAAAAGGAUUUUGGUAUUUUAUGAAAAUGCUUUUGCUUGGAAGUGUUGCUGCAAGUUGUUGCGGGUAAAAGUGCUGAUUAAAAAAAAAUAAUUAAAAAGAAAACCAAAAAAUUAAAAAAUAAAAAAAGGUAAAGGUAAACUGAUAUUCAAUUAAAAAUUGCCGCAAAGAAACUAAUAUUCUACCUUUGUUAGCACAUACAUACACAUACCUGCGAAAAACACCCCGAAGCCAAUAAACGCGGCCAUUUAAAAAUUUUUAAAUGUGUUGCACAAAAUGCAGUGCAUUAAUUAUUUAUAUUUCGUUUACGGCAUUUGAUUGAAAUAAUGUUUUUGCAUGCAGUGUUUUGCAUUAAAAGUGUUAAAUAAUUGAGUGAAUCGUUUUGUGCGCCUAAAAAUAUGCAGCGCUAUUGUCAAUGGGAGUAUGUGCAUCAAUUUAAUAACUAAAGGCUUAUUCAUCGCACAACAACUGAGACCGACAUAAACAAAAUGAAAAAUCUUAAGAUUAAUGCAAUGUUCAGCAAACAACUGUGAUAUGGCUGCAUGCUAAGAACUAUAAUAUGCAGUUAGUGCCGCUCGCACUCGCAACACAUAUUCACACACACACUUAGGCUAAAAUAUUUUGGAACCCGAGCAAAUUGCGCAUGCGUCAAUGGCGAUAAUAAGAUAUGCGCCUACUCAAGAUGUCGCAAGCAGCAUCGGCAGUACGAACACCACCACCAUUACUACCACCAACAACAACAACAAUGACAGCAAUAACAGCAGCUACCUACCGUAUGCACGGAAUAGCAAUAGUAGAGUGGCCGCACCCGCUGAACCAGCCGUCAACGCCAACAACUCCCUCUACUACUGGGAGUUUGCAGCGGAGGAAUUGCCUGAGUUUUCACUGGUCGCGCCAGAGUUAGAACCUUCCAUACAACAACUCGCUACAGCACAAGAACCCGCGUCAUCCUCCUCGUACUCAUAUCAGGAAACGAAUGCCCGCGCGGACAAUCACACGUCGGAGGUUCAAGGCGAACCACCGCCUUCCUUCUAUACGAGUUUCAAUAUAUCCGAUGAUAUCUUCGACUAUUUUAAUGGGUUUCUCGAAAGCACCGAACAGCAGCAACAACAACCAUUGUUGACCAUCAGCAGCACAGAGAGCGUAAAUAACGCGAUCAGCAAUAGCGUGGCCGCAGCGAAUUUGACGCUUACGACAUACGUACAGACUGUUAGUAAUGGCUCACGAGAUCCGGCAUUGGGUGAAUUUCUCUGUCUACUACCUAAUGAGCGCAUUUCGUUGCUUUCAUUUCUGUUUCUCUUCUCUUUCGCCACCGUGUUCGGCAAUGCACUGGUGAUAUUGGCCGUUGUACGUGAGCGCUAUCUGCACACGGCUACGAAUUACUUCAUCACAAGUUUGGCGGUAGCCGAUUGUCUGGUGGGCUUGGUUGUGAUGCCCUUAUCGGCGCUGUACGAAGUACUCGAGAAUACGUGGUUUUUCGGCACCGACUUUUGUGAUAUCUGGCGCUCAUUGGAUGUGCUCUUCAGCACCGCUUCGAUUUUGAAUUUAUGUGUGAUAUCAUUGGAUCGUUACUGGGCCAUAACGGACCCUUUCUCCUAUCCGAUGCGUAUGACCGGAAAGCGCGCCGCCUUUCUUAUCUGCGCGGUGUGGGUGUGUUCGAGUACAAUUAGUUUUCCAGCGAUUGUGUGGUGGCGUGCGGCGCGCGAUGGCGAGAUGCCCGCUUAUAAGUGUACAUUUACGGAGCAUCUCGGCUAUUUGGUCUUUUCAUCGACGAUCUCAUUUUACCUUCCACUACUAGUUAUGGUCUUCACCUAUUGUCGCAUCUAUCGUGCUGCGGUCAUACAGACACGUUCACUAAAGAUCGGCACCAAGCAAGUGCUGAUGGCGUCGGGUGAACUGCAAUUAACCCUACGCAUACACCGUGGUGGUACGACACGCGAACCUUCGACGAGCGCGUCACAACAUCCGACAAUUCAUGGCUCGUUGGGUGGCGCUCCUAGCGGCGAUGGCUUGCAACAUCAUCGCCAUCAUUCACAUCAGCAUACGACUCUGCACAAUCACAGCGCAUCGGGUACGACGACUUCAACACCUGAAGAGCCCGACGACGAGCCACUAUCGGCGCUGCACAAUAAUGGUCUGGCGCGUCACAGACAUAUGGGUAAAAAUUUCUCUUUGUCACGUAAGUUGGCGAAAUUCGCUAAAGAGAAGAAAGCCGCGAAAACGUUAGGUAUUGUGAUGGGUGUGUUCAUCGUAUGCUGGCUGCCGUUUUUCGUGGUUAAUCUGCUAUCUGGUUUAUGUGUGGAGUGCAUCGAACAUGAAGAGAUAGUGUCGGCUGUGGUCACAUGGUUGGGCUGGAUCAAUUCAUGCAUGAAUCCGGUGAUAUAUGCUUGUUGGAGUAGAGACUUCAGGAGAGCAUUCGUGCGUCUGUUGUGCGUUUGCUGCCCGCGAGGAGUACGCCGCAAAUACCAACCAACAAUGCGUUCCAAAUCGCAGUGCAAAGUUGCUGCCGCCAUGGUAGCUGCCUCAACGCCAUUCAGCUACACUUCAGUGCAACAAUUCAACGGCAAUCGUUCGAUCAUGUGACGACAGCUCAGCAGCUGCAGCUCCUGUAGCGGUAGCAGCAGCUGCGGCCGCAAUGCCAUACAUCAUCAUCAUCUACACCCGCAUUCGCAUGCGCACCACCAAUUGCAACAGCAGCAACAACAACAGCUGCAACGCAGCUGCACGCGCUGUCAAAGCUUUCACCGGCAUCACCAUCGCCAGCGGCGACGCAGCUCAAUGCUGCGUCAGGAUUUCACCAGUUUGCCAGGGUCGUGCCACACUGGCGCUAAAGACUAUGGCGCCGACCAUUUGGAACUAAGCGGUGGCAAUGCUAACGGUGGUAACGGUAAUGGUAACGCCAGAAACAUACACAUCACCAAGGCGAUUGUGACGUUUUCGCCAUCUGUGGCGCCAGAUUCUUUGAAUGUGCCAUCUUCGUUGUCCGGUUCAAUGUUAACCAUCUCAUCGGUGCCGACAACACUAAUGUUGGGCGCGGGGACAGCGCCAGCGGACAGACAUUCGUUAAGUGCCGCCACUACACCGCUGGCAAAUACGACAAAUAUCAGUCCGGGCAAUGCAAAGCACUGCAGUUUUGCACUCACCCCGCUAAUACCACCGCCGCCACCGCCCAGGCAAUUAUCGUUCCUCACAACGACGCGCUUCCAUGCAAAUGCACAACGCGGCCCGACGGCGUCGGCAACAACGACAACCUCAAUGACGUCAACGGUUUCUGCCAAUACGCGACGCAUGCCGUCAACAACGGUCUCAGCGCCGGCACUCAUCGAAACGGCGGGUAAUUGGUCGGCGACGCCACUCACGCCACUCACGCCGCUCACACCGCUUACACCCGGUUUACACGCUCAGCAUAUACACGGGAAGCAUGCGACGCUGGAGGCGCGUCAGAGCGCGGUCAGUCAAUUCACUACUUUAGAAGACUUGGAUGCGAUUGUUGUGGACGAAACGCCAAGUGAUAUGAUGCGGAAGCUGGCAUGAGCAGCAAAUGAGAGGUGUGUGAAUGAGCGGUAAAUGUAAAAAGGUAAAUGAGAAUUAGAUAUAAAAAGAAUGGCAGAGAGAGAGGCACAAGGUACCACAAAUGCAAUCCUGUGCACCGUUCAUGCACACUUCUCACGCACUCAAUUACUAAGAUAAAUAUCAAUCGUCGCUCAAUUCAAGUGAAAUUCGAGUUUUUGACACUACUUUUGUAAAAAUAUUUGGACUUUACUUUCUUAUUAUAAUUAAGCUCUAUUUAUCUGUAUUCAUACUAUUUGUAAGUUGUACAAUAUAUUUUUAAUAUGGUUAGUUAAUUAAAUGCGUAUUAAAUGUUAUAAACAUACUAUAAAUAAGACAUUCACAAGCAUAUAGUAUAUGAUACACGUGUCAGACAUCAAUUACUGCGUCCCAUCAACUGCAAACAUUUCCAUUGCACAUGUACCUGUCACCCUACAAAACAAUACAAAACAAAAGUAAACAAAAACACAUCAUAAAUACGAGUAUAAUAUAAAAUUUAUUUCUAUCUAACUUUAUUCUUAACUAUAUUGCUUAGACAAUUUUACUUAAACAGGUAGAUAAUAGGAAUGUUAGAAAGUUUAUACGACGGAAACAAACCCAUAUUUACUAAAUUUCAAAACUCUCAAGAUCAACGACAACAGACAAUUAAAAACCCAUUUCGCAAUGGCAUAGAUUAUUUGAGGUUAUGUGAGGUUAAAACUGUAGCAAUUAUCUCCGUCAAGGCAUUGAAUUAUAAGAAUGAAGUUAUACCACCACGAACCCAGAGAAAAGUUGUUUAUUUAAGCAGUUUGAUAAAA